AUGGCUGACGCAAUUCUGCGCAGGGAAAUCAAGCGGCUCGUUGAGCAGCAGAAGGUCUUGAACCAGAGGCUGCAACGGAAGCCUCCUGGUACUCCGGGGGCGUCUGGAGCGCCGUCGGCUCAGAGGCCUCUUCCUACGGGAGAAGGAGGCGAAAAGGAGGAUGCGACGGCAGCUCCUGCCUCGGGAGAGGCUACGGCAGCAGGCGGCCAGAAGAGACAGCAAAAAGCUGGCGGAGCCUCCCCCCCCACGUACGAUUUUGAAGGCCCUGAAUUUCAAGUAGCGAAACGGCCAAAGGUCGAGGCGGACCCCACUUCGGCCACACGCAACAAGAGGAUUUUCGGAUUUUUGUCUUCUCACUUGAACAAGGCGAAGCAGCAGCUCGCAAAGGAGCGCGAUACAGAUUUCGCACAACGCCACAAAAUGCAGGAGGAGCGAGUGAACUCUAAGCUCGAGUUAGCGCGCCGCCAUCUGGCAGAGAUUGCACUGAUUCAGUGGCAAGAGCAGCGAAAGGAGGAUGAAACAGAGCUUCUCAAGGUUUCAAACGAGUUGAUACAGAAGGAGAACGAUCUAAUGCGGUACCACUUGGUGCAGCAUUACGUCAAUAUGGAGCACUUUGUUGGCACGGAAGCACAGCCAACGCUUUUCUGGCGACCUGCUGAGUGGGAUACACACACGCGGAGGCUGCAGCAGCAAACGAAAGUGUGGAUCAAGACGAAGAUCAAGCACAUUCAGGAGGCUGACUAUACCGUCAGCGCUGGAGUCGAGCAGGAGGAGGGCACUGCUGGCGAGGCGCUGGGAUCUCUAGAGGACGUAGCUGCCUCAUCUGAGGUUGGCAGCAACAAGGAGGGAGGAGAAGCUCAAGAUUGA